UUUAUUUUAAAAAAAGUUGCAUUGUUGUACGAAUUGAAGGAAUAAAAAAAAAUAUAGGCACAAAAUUUGACGUCAAAAUAAAUGGAUGAUCCAGUUUUUAAACCUAACUAUGAAAAAUAUAAAAUUCGUGUUAAAAGAUGGGAAAAAAGCUUUAUUAAGAAGUAUAAAAGGAUUCCUUCGAAGUAUGACAUUAAAGAUGCCCCAAAUGAAAUUCGAUAUUCGUAUAAAAUGUAUUAUAAAUUGAAAACCACAUUUUUGGAGAACACAUUGGGUGAUAUCUUAUCAGAUGAUGGUUUUGAUGUGUUUGAAACUGAAAAUUCUCAACCAGAUAUUGCAGAAACUUCGGGAUAUGAUUUUUCAAAAAUUUUUCUUCCCUCAGGUCAAAGUUUUUUAGAAAGCAAUGAAAAUAUAUCUUUGAAUUCGAACAAUUCUGAGAACAAAGAAAUAAAUAACACAAAUUUGAUUAAUGAAGAACAGAGUUUUGUAGCAGCAGGUGAAUCCGAAUUAAACAAAAAAGCAUGGGUUGGUGUAUCAAAAAGUAAAAGCUUAAAUGAAGUUAAAAAAUCUCCAACUAAAGAAGUUGCUAUAUCUCGAGUAAAAUCAAGUUUAAAUACUAAACUAUUUGAAUCAUCUAAAUCAUUUUCAAAAAGAAAUCCAAGAAAAUCGCUUUCAAGGUUGAGUAAUACUAACUUAUCUAGUUCACUAAGCUCGAUUAAUGACCAGCUUAAUCGCAACAAGUGUGAAGAAACACUUCCAGACUUAGAAACAAUUUUAACGCAAAAAGCGAAAGAACAAAAGUCUCCAUUACAAAAUGCAGCAGUAGGAUUUUUAUCAGCGAAACCUAAAGAAGUGUCUAUUAAUGUUGACAAAAAUUGGUUAGAGCGUUGUUCGAAAGAAUCUUUAAGCAUUGAAAACACAAAUCCAGCAAAUACAACUUCCGCAACAUCAACAAAUGAAAAUAAAACUUUUGGAAUUUCGAAUUUAAAUUUAAUGCGCACGAAAAACUAUGCAAGUGAUAUCCCUAUCAUAAGAGAAAAUUCGGCAAUUAACGAAGAAUGUAAAAAUUCGAAUAAUAUUUAUGAAUUGGGCAACGAUUCAGAUGAAGUUAUAUCUAAUAGCGAGGAAGAAAUUGAUAAAGUAGACACUUAUAGACACAUUGCAAAAAGACGUCGAAUAUUAAGGGAUAUUGAUAAAAAUAAAUUAAGUGAAAAUGAAAAUGUAAAAAGUAUGGACAAACCUUGCCUUGAAAAAAAACUUUUGGAAGCGACAAUUACGAUGAGUAAGGAAAAAUACGAAGUGGCGCAAGAAACGUUAAAGUCUAAAAAUGAUGAAUCAGGGAAAUCGCACAUUUCGGAGGAAGAACCAAAACCAAAAAAGAAACAUGUGAAAAAAACCAAAAAGAGAAAUUUAAAAGCUUCCAAAAAGUAUUCUGAUGAGAGUAGUGAAAACGAAAGUUCUGGUAAUUCUGCAAUGAAACCAAAAAGAAGAUAUAAAAGAAAUGCGAAGAAGGAAACUACUAAAAGAGUAAUAAACUCUAGAGUAACAAGAUUUUCAAAAUCUAACUUAGAUAACCCGGUUGAUGAAAAAGAAUCAAACGAAGAUGAAACUUUUCAAGCCAAAAAUUUAGUACUAGAAAUUGAUCAAAUUAAAUCUCUACCAAGCGCUAGUUUUGAAGAAUUGAAGAACGUUGAAGCUGUUUUGGAAUCCUAUGUAAGCAAUGUUGGUGGUACAACAAAAGACAAAGCUGAAACAAAAUCAGUAAAAUUAAAAUCUGAAGCACAAAUCAAAUUAGAACAGAAAAUAAAGGCUGGAAAACUAAAUGAAAAUUUUGUAAAAAUUGAUAUUAGCAAAAAAGUUUUCGUACGAGGAAAAAAAUCAAUUAAUUAUAGUCGCUAUAAAAAAAAGCUCUGGAAAAACAAGAAAGAAAAUAAUGCUCUAUGCGGGCCGAAUAUGGAUAUGCGUGGUUGCGACGGCGGAAUUUUGACGUGCUUCAAAUGUGGACAACCUGGCCAUUUUGCAAGAAAAUGUAAACAAAAAGGUGAUAACCUAAUGCCUUUAAAUGAGGAUGAACUAGAAGAAUCGCCAUUCUUGUCCUUGGAAGAAGCUGCAAAAAUUGCUAAUGAUAAAGCAUUAUCAGCCCAUAGCCGAAAUAUAAGUAAAUUACCGCAGGCUGCUAAUUAUCAGAUAAAUAGCGAUGAGAAACCGAAAUCAGAUGUGGAAAAUGGCUCAGAGGAUAAUAUUGUACAAAUGCAAAAUGGUAGUGAAAUAGAAGAUGAAGGCGGAAUAAAAGAAAAUUUGAGCGAACCACUCAUAGAAAAUCAAAAUUUGAGCGAACCACUUAUAGAAAAUCAAAAUUUACAUGAGGGCAGUGACUCCAAUAAUUCAAAACCAAUUUACAUAGGACAUAAGAUUCCAGAAGAUUUUUUGGAAAAGUGUGGGCUUUUAAAUGAAAAUCAAAGAGACAAAGAAGUUACACCAGUAUAUGAUCUAAAUCCAGAUGGCAAAAUAAAAGAUAUAACACCUGAAGUCUUGGAAACUUUAAAAAUGUUUGGCCAUGAAAGUUUUCGAAAAGGACAAGAUAAGGCUAUUAUGAGAAUUCUUUCGGGUCUUUCAACUCUAGUAACAUUAAGUACCGGUAGUGGAAAAUCUUUAUGCUAUCAACUACCAGCUUAUCUCUACAGUCGGCUGAAAGGCUGUAUUACAUUGGUAAUAUCCCCAUUGGUUUCAUUAAUGGAAGAUCAAGUGCAUGAUAUUCCACCAUUUUUAAGAGCAUAUUGUUUGCAUACUAAUCAAACUGCCCAGCAACGACUUAAAAUUAUGGAAUUGGUGAAUAAGGGAGAUAUUGAUAUCUUGUUAGUUUCACCAGAGGCUGUUGUUGCUGGAGAACGAUCUACUGGUUUUGGUGCAUUAUUAAGAAAUUUACCACCAAUUGCUUUUGUUUGUAUUGAUGAAGCUCAUUGCGUUUCUCAAUGGAGCCAUAAUUUUCGUCCUAGCUAUUUAAUGAUAUGUAAGGUUUUGAAAAAAAGACUUGGUGUUAAAACUAUUUUGGGUUUAACAGCAACCGCAACACUUCAAACAAAACAAAGUAUAAUUCGUCACUUAGAAAUAAAAGACGAAAAGAGUGGUAUAAUAAGUGAUAUACCUUUGCCUGACAAUUUGAUUCUUUCCAUAUCCGUGGAAUCAAAUCGUGAAUCUGCUUUAAUGCAAAUUUUGAGAAGUGAAAGGUUUGAACCUUGUCAGUCGAUUAUAAUUUAUUGUACAAGACGAGAUGAGUGCGAAAGGAUAGCUGGUUUCAUAAGGACUUGUAUGCAAGAUAAGCCUUCGAAGGAAAGUUCUGGAAAGCGCAAAAGAGUUAAUUGGCACGCAGAAUCAUAUCACGCUGGUUUAAGUGCAUCAAGGCGAAGAGUGAUACAAAAUGCUUUUAUGAAAAAUGAACUUCGCAUUGUCGUCGCAACAAUUGCUUUUGGUAUGGGUAUUAAUAAACCUGAUAUUAGAGCAGUUAUACAUUAUAACAUGCCAAAAAGCUAUGAAAGUUAUGUUCAAGAAAUUGGAAGGGCUGGCCGUGAUGGGAGGCCAGCUCAUUGUCAUUUGUUUUUAGACUCAAAAAGGCAAGAUGAAAGUGAAUUGAAAAAACAUAUAUACGGAAACUCUAUAGAUCGUCACGUUAUUAGAAAAUUAUUACAAAAAAUUUUUAUACCAUGCUCAUGCAAUAGAAAUUUGAAAAGCAAAGAUUUUCUAGAAACUCACUUGGAAGAAAUUAAAGCUAUUCAAAAAAUUGAUUGGGAUGAUGAUUUUGAUUUAACAGAGAACUCUGUUAUGUCACAAAUGAGUGAUGUUAAACCUAAAAAUAGAUUGUGUCCAGGACAUGAAAUAGGGUUUUCUAUAGAAGAAAUUGUUCAGAGUUUAGAUAUUCCAGAGGAGAAUAUUUCAACUCUGCUGUGUUAUUUAGAAUUAGAUGGACGUUACAAUUUGAAUAUUUUAAGUAAUGCAUACACAAAAUGUAAAGUUCUGUCAUAUGGUGGGCCAAAAUAUUUGAGGAAUGCGGCAAAAGAUUGCCCACCUUUAGCUAUGGCAAUCGCUUUACAAAUAAAGAGCGGAACGUUUAAUGAAGAGAAUAAUAUUGUAGAAUUUUCUGUAAUAGAAAUCGCCUCAAUAAUCGGAUGGAAUAGUGGCGUUGUAAAACAACAAUUAAAAGGAUUGGAAUGGACUUCAGUGAAUGGUCUCCCAAAACGCUCGUCUAUAUCUGUUUCAUUUUAUGAUUUGGGAUUUCGUGUCAAAGCUCCUGGCGAUUUUACUAGCGAAGAAAUAGAUGAAGGCUUAGAUUCGUUAUAUCAACGCUCAUUGCUACAAGAACGUACACAAUUAAUACAGUUGCAAUGCAUAUCGGAAGGAUUGCACUCGGUGUCGUUUAAAUCAUGUUUGCCCUGUUGUGAUAAAAAUUUUGAUAUCGAAAUGUCAAAUAAGUUAAAAUCAAUAAUUAGAAAUUAUUUUCAAACAAACUGCUCAAAUGAAGUGAAAUUAAAAGAGGAUGUGCAUGAUACACCUGAUAGUGUUAUAAUUAACGAUAUACAAUCAAUGAUUCAUAUGUAUCCAGAUAACAAUUUCACUGGUAGAAGUAUAGCUCGCAUAUUCUAUGGCAUCGCAAGUCCAAAUUAUCCUGCGGUUAUUUGGGGCAGGUGUAAAUAUUGGCGAGUUUACAUGAAAGUAAAUUUUAAUAGAUUAGUUAAAUUAGCUAACGAUGUGAUUGUAAGACUUCGAAUGUGAGGUAUUAAGUUUAUAUUAUAUAUUGUUUUAAUUUAUUUAUUAUAAUAUUGAAUGGAGUUGAAAAAUAUUAAGCAAAGAUUUUGCAGUCACU